GUCAAAUUCAAGAUGGAUGGAAUCACUGCGGCGGCGCGCGGCACUAAAUUCUAACGCAAAAAAAAUAAUAACCGAAAGCGGGGGGAUCGGACGGCGACUUUUUCCAAAGUUUGAGGCACCCUUGAGGGUGGAAUAGACCAUGGAAGGAUUACUUCACUACAUCAAUCCAGCACAUGCCAUCUCUCUCCUGAGUGCACUCAACGAAGAUCGUCUAAAAGGCCAGCUGUGUGAUGUCGUCCUAAUUGUUGGUGACCACAAAUUCCGGGCCCAUAAGAAUGUUCUGGCUGCAAGCAGUGAUUACUUUCGGGCUUUAUUUACUAAGAAAGAGAACGAGAGCCAGUCAGUCUUCCAGCUGGAUCUCUGUGAAGCACCUAUUUUUGAAAACGUUCUGAAUUACAUCUACUCUUCAUCCCUCUUCAUAGAGAAGAAAAGUCUAGCAGCCAUCCAUGAUCUAGGUGGCAACCUUGGUAUCUCUUUUCUAACCAGCAUUCCAUCACAGACACCUCAGAUUUCUUGCACACCAAGUCCUAUUAAAAAGCUGAGUAAAGCUGAUGAUGGAAGUAGCUCCCAGCCACGGAGUGUCAUUGUGUGUCAGAGUCGCAAUGACCUUGAUAAAAAUAACAUUGAGUCUGAAGCAAAAGGUGGGGAUUCCACUCAGAAAAAGGAAACAUCAGAGGAAGAAACAAGGCACAGUUUUAAAUCCUCAUCUGUGAUGAAUGCCCUAAGAGCAAGUUCUAGUGCUGUGCCCAGAGAUGUUGAUACAACUCAUCUGUUGGAUGAUAAAGGACAACCUCUGUUAAAGGAUGUGCAUGGUGCUUUAGGUGACACAAAAUACCAGGAAACCAUCAAAUCUCUGGAAGAUCGAAAUAGUAGGGUGAGAUUUUGGUGGGAUAGGAAAAGUUCCAUGAGUGUGGAUGGCACUUCAAGUUUCACUGGCAAAGUUUCUGAUACAAGGCAAAGUCUGACUGACCUCUUGGUCAAUGGAAAGCCCUUGUCUAGGCCACAACUAACACCUGCAUUCUCAUUUCAUGGAACUACAGGAUUUGCAUAUUCCCAACAAAAAUCUGGGCACACAGUAACUCCUGGUAGAAUGGAAGAGAAUAAUUUGUUAUAUUAUACCAAGGUGGGGCCCACAGUUCAACCUCCAAGAUUGCAGUCUAACAGCCAGAGUGUUGUCAGCAGUGGUCCACUAGUAAAAAGUCUGCUUAGGAGGUCGUUGUCAAUGGAUAGUCAAGUCCCUUGUUACUCUUCUUCUCUUGAUCAAAAAGUGAACUACGGAUCAUCAAUGUGUAAGCAUGAACCAGUAGAGUUGGCUUGCGAUGUAUCCUCUCAAAAGCUGUUGAAUGCAGAUACAAUGAAGCAAAAACUUCAAAACGAUAAGCCUCAGGUUGGCCAGACUUGUCGUCCAAAACAACUCAGUGUAUCUCGGCCUGCAGAAGCUGAGGCCAUCUCAUUAUCAACAGCUGUUAAAAUAAAAACAGAACCUUGUAGUCCUGUCUCGGAUACUUCUGAUAUUAUUCGGGUUACUGUGGGAGAAACUUCACCAUCUACCAGUAAGGAAUUCUCAGUGAGAAAUGUAGAGAGGAACAGAAGAACAUCAAUGCUACCAGUGAAGAGAAGAUUCCAGGCUGAAAAUGCAAAGUUUUCCUUUGAGAAAUCAGAAUCUUUCCAACAUUCUCCCAAUAUAACACAAAGCUUUGUGGAAAGUUCAAGCCCUCCUACAGAUGAUGCUAAUCCAGAUCUACUGAAGACUGAUGAGAAUAAGGAGGAAUAUUCUGAUCCUGAAUCAGCAGUAACUGGUAAGCAAUUCAAGUGCAGGACCUGCUUCAAGAUAUUCCGAUCUACAGCAGGCCUUUUCCGCCAUGUUGACAUGUACCAUAAUCCAGAUAAGCCAUAUGCCUGUGAUAUCUGCCACAAGAGAUUUCUUACCAAUUUCAAAGUCUGGACACACUGCCAAACACAACAUGGAGUGGUUAUCAAUCCGUCAGCAGCUACCAGCACCAGUCCAGUUUCAGAAGAAAAAUUUCAGAAGAAACUGAGUGAUAUGAUACGUGAAAGGGAGAUCAAGAAGGCCCUUUUUCACAAGUUGCGACGCAAGCAGAUCUCUCAUAGUUACCCAGGCCUACGAUCAGAACAAGGAUUCAAAAAGAAUUUAAAGUCUGCAACCAAAGGUGUGUACAUCUGCACAACAUGUGGAAAGCUGUUUCGCUUCCUGUCGCGUUAUAGGCAACACAUGAAGACCCACCCAGGUGAGAAGCCCUUUGUUUGCAAGCUCUACAAUAAGGCUUUCAAGUCAAAAGAACAAGGUGUUACUGAAAAUGUGAGUGAAGAUAGUAUUGAACAUCAAUGUGAGCACUGUAAUACCAAGAUGCCAUCAAUGGCAGAGAAGACAAAACAUGAGAGGAUUUGUAGGAAUGUUACUGUGUGCUGCUACUGUAGCCUUAGGUUCUGUUCCAGAGAACUAAAGCAAGAGCACGAAAGUCAGUGCGAAUACAAGAAACUAACCUGCCUAGAGUGUAAACGCACAUUUAAGUCCUCUUUCAGCAUUUGGCGUCAUCAGAUCGAAGUCCACAAUGAAAAUACAAUGGCUCCAGUAGAACAGUCUUGCUUGGAUCCAAUAUGUCACAAUGGUGUCUUGCCAAAAGAAGCUCAGACUGAAGUUGGAGACAACUCCAUAGCCAGCCCAAGUACUUCAAAGGAUGACGAAGUAUGCAGUGAUUCUUCAGAACCUAUGUAUGUUGAUUCUGAAGACUCCUCUUGCUUUCCUGAAGAUCUGAGUGUCUCUAGUCGUAGAAAUAUAAACACUAAAGAUAAUCAUCUUCCUGAUGAGGGCUCUACUAAUCCCAUCCAUCUGGAAGACAUAGCCUCUGAAUCAAACAGUUGCAGUGGGGAACCAGAGGACCUAACGUACAAAGGAGAACGUGGACUUUGGCCGUGUGAAAAAUGCGGCAAGAUCUUCACGAUACAUAAGCAACUGGAACGUCAUCAGGAAUUGCUGUGUGCUGUUAAGCCAUUCAUUUGCCACGUUUGCCAUAAAGCCUUCCGUACCAACUUCCGUCUCUGGAGCCACUUCCAGUCUCAUAUUUCUCAGUCAACAGACCAUCUUGAAUUCUCUAAACCUGCAAGGAGUCCUUCCCGUGCUCCUCCUCCCCCUCCACCACCACUCCCACCACCGCCCCAAGAGCACUCUCCUGAGCCUGAACACCCCUCAAAUCACUCGGACAGGUCCAGCAGCCCACAGGCAUCAGAUACACUUUUUUCUCAUGCCCCUCCUCUUGCAGCAGCUACCUUUGAAAGGCCGUUCAUGUGCAAAUUCUGCCGCAGGACUUUCAAGACUGCUUUCAGUUUGUGGAGCCAUGAACAGACGCACAACUGAAACAAGAUUUGUCUCCUGUGAUUUCUGUGGAAUUUCACUAGAUUUAUCUAUAAGGUGCAAAGAGCAUAGGCUAAAUAUAAGGCAAUACAAUGUACAAUUCAUUCUCCAAAUAUUUAGUAAAAUAAAAAAGUUGGGUAAGAAAACUGUAAAGUAAUAUAUAAAGCUGGUAUUACUGAUAGAAGGAAGUAAAAUGUCUAGAAUUUUUAAAAAAAAUCCAUCAUUCUUGUUACUCCGGUGCUAAAUGGAAGCAUUUUUUAUGUGAUGGGAGUUUACCAGUAUUAUAGAAUCAUCAUUUAAGUAGAACUGCAUUAAUACUGCUGAACCAGUUGAUGCAUUGAGAUGGCUGCUUAUCAUGUGUUUUUAAAAUUGAAUAACAUGAAGCUUCAGUAAUAUCAAAGUAAUUUUAUUCCAUUAGCACCAACUCAAUAACAAUUACUGGCUCAGUUGUUUUGACAGAUUGACUAUUAGAUAGUUUGACUAGAUUCAAAUAGAAUGUUGCAUUAUUUUUUCAGCACAGCAAAAGUAUGAUUAUGAACACAGUGGUCUAUGGUAUGUAUUGCAAUUCAAUGUUCAAUCAGUGUAGACUUAACUAGUUAAAAGCUUCUUGGAAUUAUUGGGAUCUCCUACAAGAAAUGAUUUGCAAACCAGUCAGGAGAUUGGAGAAGAAACUGAAGCUUGGUUGUCAAUCACUCUUUCCCAGUUAGUACCAUGGAUGAGAAGCUACUGCAAGCAAUGGUAUUUUAACUGAGAUAACUCCAAAAUAUAGUUUGCAACUUCCAGCCAGAGAGGGAUAAAUAUUAUCUUCAUUUAUGUGCUGACAGUCAUUCAACAAUUUUUAUACUGUACCUAUUGAAGAAAAAGUGCUUCCAUUGUGAGAUUUGAAAUACACAGUGACAUUCUUUUUAAAAACAAAUUGCUGUGACCAGGACCAAAAUUAGCAGACAACGAAUGGAAGUUCCAAAUGAUGUGAGAAAGGAACCAAAUACUAUGUCCGAGAACCAUAUUAAUCCUCCUUCACCACAUGUGUAUGUCGAAAAAUGAUAUCAGGAACUUUAAUGGGGAACAGUAGAAUGGGCUUAGUCCAGCACAUACUCCCACCGCUAGUUCUCUUUUGUGUGAUAAGCAAUGUUCAGGUUUGUUUGCUUAAUAACUGAGUUUUUUUAGUCUAUUACAGUGAAUUCAAAAGUUAGUGAAAUAGUGAUUUUCUAAUAAUGACGAUAAAUGAGAUCAUGGAAGAGGAUAUGUCUUUCAGAAUUAUGUACAAAAUGUCCGAUCAGGCCAAUUUGUAAUAAAUUAAUUGUAUUUUUAUUAUAAUCUGAGGUAACAGUGAAAUGCAGUGGCACGGAAAAUGGAGCAUUACACUGACUUUGUUUUUGUUGAGUAUACUCAGGAAGGUCAAUAGUGUAAUGCAGGAGGGUGGACAGCUUAUUGGCCAUUGAAUUUGUGCCAGGUUCUAAGAACUUAAAUUUUCACAGAAUCUGCCAGUGACUGAAGUUGUCAUUCAAUAUCCUCCACCUCAGGUCAUGAGUAUGUUUUGUGUAAUAAAGUGUUUUUUUUUAACAUGGAACUAAUAGAAAGACAUCUGGUUAGCCUUUGUUUGACAUUCAAAUAUGAAUUGUAUGACCGGAUUCCGCUGUAGGGAUAGUACUGUAUUGAAAACAUACUGGCAUAUCCAGACCAGUAAAAUCAUAACAGUUCUGUUUUUCCUGAUUUGCAUCCAGUUGUGAUUUACAUUAAAAUGAUUCGAAGGACCAGAAUAAGUCUUUCUCAUCCCACCCAAUUAGAAAAUUAGAAAGCUUUUAUUAAUAUUGGCAGGACUAUUGCUAAUAUCUGUAAUAUCAUAAUUAUCAGUGCAAAAUUCAAAUUAAUCUUAUUGUUACAAGAGGAAAUCAAGUAGUUCAACUUUUCAUUGUAGCUAAGCAUUUACUAUCAGAAUUAUUACUUUAAAGGACAAUAUAGUCUGCUGCUUUGGACUUUUUCAACUUAAUUUUUGAUUUAAUUAACUUUGUACACCAACAUAGAAUUAAUUUUCUUAAAAUCCUUAUUUCCAGGUAGAUGUCAUUUAUUGUAGUAAACAAGGAGCAGAAGUCUAUAUAUUAUUCCUUAUAAUCUUUGUUAACAGUUUGCUUUUAAGGUUGGAAUUCUAGAGCCAAAUAUAGUCUUUUUAAUUAAAAAGACCCUUCUCGUAGUAAUAAAACUGUUCCACUCUUAGCUUAGAAUGUAAUUUGUCAGAGUAAACUGAAGAAAAGUCUAUACCAGUCAGCUAAACAAAGCCAAAACUGGCUGAAAUCAUUAACUAUUUAUGGACAAUGAUGCUUUCAUAAUUAAUAUUUUGUUUCUGCUAACUUUCAGCACUAGCUUCUCUUUUCAGUUUGGUUAAUCUUCCAUCACUUGGCCCAAAUCCAGAAAGUAAGAAAGCAGUGUUACACUGAGGAGUAAUAAUAGCCUAUAUUUAGGAGUAUAUAUAUUACUGCCCUGGUUGGCAUUAGACAGUUGUGUUCAUUGAUGCACUUUGUUUACAACUGCAGAAAAGAAUCUACAAGAAGUAAAAAGCAUUCCUAUUGGCAAAAGAUAAGUAAACUGAAUCAUGAAAUAGAGACAGAGAGGGGAUGAAUAUAACAAUCCUAUUGUAGAUCGCAGGAAGAGAAGUUUGUCAUAAAUGCUGUAGCUGAUCAUUAUGUUUGGUUGCACUGUAGUAUAGAUUUCAUUUGCACUUUUUAAAUUAUUAACAUUACCAGAUUUUACCCAUGGUGACCGGAUAUCUUUAUACAUUUAUAUAUCAAGACUGUCAUUGCUCUCUCAACUCAUUGAACUUCAAGAGGAGGUUAGAUUACUCUGAACAAAAGAAAAUAUACAAAAUGCUAAAGUUCCAAAAUAAGAACAGAAAAUUAUGCAAUUAAACAGUCAGCAUUUGCAAAGAAAGACUUGUGUUUUUAGAGCACCUUUCUUGUCCAGGGCAUCUAAAGUUUCUUUACAGUCAAAGAAGUACUUUCAGUUUGUAGCCAUUCAUUGUAAUAUAGGAAACAUGGAAGCAAGUUUUCACACAGCAACCUCUGACAAACAGCAGUGAAAUAAUGACCAAGUAUUUGUUUGUUGAUGCUGAUUGAUGGAUAUAUAUUGGCCAGUUCACCAGGGAGAACCAAAAUUAAUUGAGGUAUCUUGUAAGGAUUUUGGUACAGUGAUAAAAUAGUGCAAAUGUCUUCAAUCAAUAUACUAUGACAGGACUCCUGCCUCUUUAAUUGCAAUAAAUAGUGUGCACCAAAUGUUGCAGCUAAGUAAAAUUUUCCAUUAAUUGCAAAAAGAAAAUACAGGCUUCAACUUUUGAAUGCCAACAAAAUCUAAUCCUGAAAACUUCUCCUCACUUGUUGGUGAAGUAGAGUUUGGGAUUGCAUUUGCAAUCUCAGUUCAACACACAUUAGGUGCAUAGAAGUUUAGAAGUUUCUGGAAUACAAUAAAUAUUUUAAUUUGUUUUUCCAAAUAUGGAUAAAUAGUGUUAUUGCAAGAUCUGGUAAUGAAAAGUAUUGGGAAAAGUCAUUUACUUUUUUCCUCCAUGGUGUGCUUAAUCUUGGAGGAAAAAGAUUGUGUACCAAAAUUUCACAACGUAUUUCUUUAACUAAUGUACAGAAGUAUACGGUUGUACAGCACAGAAAUGGCCCCUUCAGUCCACCACGUUCAUGAUGAUUUUGUUGCCCAUCCACUCUAAUCCAAUUUGUCCUUUUGAUUUUUUUAAAUUUGAUUUAUAACAUCUUAUGUUAACAUGCAGUUUUUUUUACAAUUAUUUUCUUAACACAUGAAUAUCGUGGGCAGUUGGUCACUACAUUGUUUCCUUUAUUGAUGCAUGAAGUUACCCAUUAAUUCCAGAUCCAGAUUUCACUUGUCUACUCAUCACCAAUUUUCACUCGUCCCUGUUUAUUUGCAUCUGCUAAACGUAGUUUCAUUAUUCAUUAGACUUUAACAUCUUUCAGAUGGCACCACCACUUAUAUCAUUCACUAUCUCCUGGUCUCCACCCUAUCAUUUUCCUUCCCCCUUUCUCUCCAUUCUUUCCUGCUUUCUCUACAACUAAAAUCUGUUUAUUUUCUUACAUUUUACAAAUUCUGAUGAAGAGUCCUCGACCUAAAACGUUAACUAUCUCCACAGAUGCGGCCUGACCUGAGAAGUUUUUUACUUGGAAUUUCCAGCAUUUACAGUAUUUUGUUUAUGGAUCCUUUAGCUCUUGUUAGGAAGUAUGCGGCAGGGAAUGAUGUUGGAAGAUUUUAUAUAUUUUUUAUAUUCUAUUUCCAGAAUGUACUAUUUCAUUAAUCAAGAAUCAAUGUUAUAUAUCAUGAAGUUAUUGUAACUUCCAUAAGUUUUGACUCCCAAUUGCUAAUAGAUCAAAGAGUCUCCUCAGACUCCAUGCUUGGAUUUCAGUCCUAAUAAUGGAAUUAAUAUUGAAGAGAAAAAGUGGAUAAAAGAUGAUCGAACUUCGAAGUGUUUGUCUUAUUUUGUAAACAGGCAAUAUUAGUUUAAUUUUGCUAGUGUAAGAUAUUUGCUGGUAAUGCAACUUUUGUUUGUGAUUAACACUUACGGAAUUUCAAGUUAAGUACUGUAGUGAUGGCAGCUCCCAAUAGAAGUUCCUACGUAACUGGACUAAAAAAUAUUUGUAAUAUGCUCUUCAUUAUUAACACCAAGUUGAAUGAUUAGUUUUUUAUUUAUAUCUCAACGGAUAAACGUGAUGCAUUAGGCAAUUUACAUAUCAGGAAGCUUAAUUAACAGUUUAAUGUAAAAAUAAUUCGAACAUGACAAAACAUGGUUUUGUGGAAUUGCAAAUAACAUUUUCAAGAAUGGAAGGCAUUCCAGAAGGAAUAGAUUAGAUGAAAGCAAAUAAUGCCAAUAGAUUGUGAAAUACAAUGUCAGUGCCACAGAGAUGUCACAGCAUGGGAGUCAUCAAUGUUAGAGUGUUGUGUCUAAUAGUCCUUAACAAACUUUCGUACAUAGGUUUCUGGUUCUAUUGGUACAUUUUAGUAGAAUAUGUAAUCAAAGUGCACAGAGUUCUAGUCGGACCAUAAAUUCUAGACCAUACCUUGAAAUUCAUCCAAGAAGCAACAGAGAAAUUCUGGUAUUGAUGGCAAAGUGUUAGAGAGCCCUAGGCUGUUCCUCGGUAUCAGGUUCUGGGUUAUGAAGAAACACUUGAGGCAUUUUGGCCUGGAAAGGAGGCCUUUUAAUCUUGCAAAACCAUUUGAGAAUGCUAGGGUAUAGGUAUACAACUAUGGGUUAAACAAAUCGUAAAAGUAAUUUUAGGAUUGAUAUUGAACAACUCUUUAUUGGAGAGGUUUGAUUGUAUGUGAAAUAAGCUUCCAGGUACAAGGAUCAUUUUUUAAGGAGUUGUUGGAUACUGCAGAGGUGGAACGAAUAUGGACAAAGUUCAGGUUUGGUAUUUUGCGAACAGCUAUUUUAGAAAGUUGACUCUUAAAUAAUUGGAGUAUGGAUUAAAACAAUACUGGAGAUGCCGAAGAAAAAUGAAAGAAAAAUACCUGUUUGAAGUUUGCAUGUUCUCUCUGUGACCAUCUGGUUUCACCAAGUGCUCUGGUUCCCUCCCACAUCCCAAAGACGUGCUGGUAGAUUAAUUGACCACUGUAAGUGGGAAAAAUGGAAUCAAUAGGAAGUUGAUGAGCUAGAGUAAAUAAGUUGUAGGGUUAUAGGUAAAUGAGGAAAUGGGACUGAUGACAUUGCUGUGCUUGGAGCUGGCAUGGACCUGAUAGGCCAAAUGGUAUCUGUGUUGUAAUAAGCAUUAGAUAAUAAUCUUGAUUUACUUCUAUAAAACUCAAUUUUCCGUAAGGCAUUUGUAACUUUUUAGGCUGCAGAGUAAAAAUUCUAGCUUGUCCUUUACAUCUGAUUUAAAUUCUAUUGCAAUGUACCAUUAGAUCCAAAUGUGGGUUGCCUAAAAUAACUAAGUUUUAUUUGAAUAGGAUCUUAACUGAUGUUCCACCUUGUUGCUGUAAGUAGAAGUCAGAUAUCUGGUUAUGCAUGACAGGUAAUUAAAUGGUCAGAGAUGUGAAAUCACACGUUUCCAGUGUCUGCAAAUUAUGUUCUAUGGCACGUUCCACAACCUUGGAAUUCCCAAUAUAUUUUGCUGCCAACAUAAUACUUUUGAAGUCUUAUAACGUGUUGAAUCUCUAGCCAGAUGGCACACUGGAAGUUCCUACAAACAACUGGCUAUAUUUUCAAUUUUAGUGACAUUGACAAGCAUGGCUAGGAAUUUUGAAAAAAACACCCCUACUGUUUGAAACAAUCCCAUGGAAUCUGAUAUAUCCAUCUGAGAAAGCAGAUAGGGCUGUGUUUUAGCAUCUCACCAGAAAGGCAGAUUCUCCAACAGCAUUCCCUCAGUCCUGCAGUGGUGUAUCAGCCUAGAUGUUGGUGCUUGCAUGUCCAGGGUAGGACUUCAACUUGAAGAUUUCUGUGGGAUGUGCUACCAUGCCUUGAAUGCAAAAUCGUUAGAUGUCUCCUAAUAUUGCAUUUGGUAGAGAAAGGGAAGAGGGAAAACUUGUACGAUUUGAGGCAAAAUUGAGAUGGAUUACAUAUGGGUGAUAUGGGCUAAGGAGAAAGUGUUUGUAUAUGUUGAGGACUUCUGGAGUAAACACUCCAAAUUUAAUCAUAUUACCUCUUCUUUGAUUUCAAAUUUAUCUUUUACAAUAUUUAAGUCAACUGUUUAAGAUUUUUGUGGUGCAAAUUAUAGUCUUUUAUGAACUCAAACUCUUUGUAAAGGAUUUUUAUUUUUCAGAAUUGACAUUUGAAAAUAGCUGAGGAAAUCUAUUGCAAUGUUUGUUCUGUUCUGGUUUUAGCAAUGCUUUGGGAUGAUACAUCCCAAAAUAUUUCGAAGCACAGAUCACUAGAGAUCCUUCUUGGGUUAAUGAAAUUUUGUUUUUCUAUAUUUAUACUGAAUAACAUAUUAUAACUUUUUCAUUGGUCAAUUUCCAUUCUACAUUAUAUCUUCAAGUAUAACUCUUAUCCUUUGGAAAUAUGAAUCUGUUUUCAAAUUUGACUUGGAGACACAAGACUGCAGAUGCUGGAAUCUGGAGCAAAAAACAAACUGCUAGAGGAACUUAGUGGGUAAAGCAGUGUCUGUGGAGGCAAAGAGAUGGUCAAUGUUUUGGGUUGAGUCCUGACUUUAUUGGUGUUCACCAACACCACAUUGGCCCUUUCACAACUAGUUUAUUGCAUAAGAUUUGAAUUUGAUGUUGGGACAGCACUAUGCCACAGAUGCCACACAUAAACAUGUAUAUGUAAUUUAGAAUGAUACAUCUGACGGCACACUUCACUCUCUCUUAAAGAAUCUAAUUAAAACUAAUUGAGACUAUAUAUGGAUGGCGGUCAUGAUGAAGUGCUGUUUCAGCUGGGCACUGAAAUAAAUUAGCACUUUCCACCUUUUUGAGGCCUGCAACGAAAGUUAUACCAGCCAGGUUCCUAAAUGAAAAUUAAGUUAGCCGCAAUCCAUCCUUAGUUUUAUGUGUUAUUUGUACCUUUUAUCUAUAAAUUUGCACUCAAGGUAGUGGCUGUGGAAAAAUGUCAUGCUGGUGCUCUAAGGCAGAGAUUAGAAUGCACUACGGCACAAUAGAUGGCACUACACUCACUGCAAUGGAGUUGUGAGUACUUAAUGGUGAUUGUCAAAUGUAUUCACAACGAAACUCACAAGCAAAUAGUUCAAUGGAAUUCAGUAAUUUAAAGUUGACUGAUUCAUUGCAUAUAAAUAGGUGGGUGACUAAUAACCAAGUGCCUGGAAAUAGGCUUCACAGUGAGUGUAAUACAGGUUUAAUAUACUGUUUUAAUUUCCAGAAAAUUAAUGAAUGUAUUGCAGCAUUUGUACUUUGAUAAGUAACUAUGGUGUGUAUGAAAUAAUACUGUUUGCCUGUGCAGUAACAAUAAGGUUUUUGUCAUUAAUUUUGGGACCUGAUAUAUAGUACUAAGAUUUUUCAUAGAUAUUUUUCAGAAUUACUAUUGUAAGCGCAACAUUUUUGAAUUAGAUUUUCUUUGAAUUAUUGUGCAGUGACUUGUUUAUUUUUAAAAUUAACUUUUAUGUUUCUAAAAGACAACCAUAAUAGCUGGAUUUCAUUUUUUUCAAUAACUGUUUGGAUUUUAAUUUUCCCUGUCAGGAAAGGGGUAAAUGUAUUCUUCUUUAAAAGAUUCACAUUGAAUGAAGACUUUUCAGAAAGGUGCUGUUUAUCAUGCAGUUUGGUUCUUACAACCAUGCUCCAAUUGACUUUUUGACAGUUUUUCAGUGUUCUGUUACGACAAGGUGAAAGUGAAAGAUAGGAAACUCCAGAUCAACUUGUUGCUUAUUUAUGUUCCCUGUCAAAGCUGCUUAAAAUCAUCUUGGAAGAGAGAUUGCUGUUCAAAUAUGGAAACCCCAUUCCCAAGACUCUUGCCAAAUUUCCCAAUUUUGCAUAGUCUAGGUCUGUGAAUUUGUCCAUACACUAAUAGCCUAAUCAAAACAGGAUAUAUUUUUUAAAUGAGCUUCUUUUUCCAUCUUCAUGUUUUAUAUGUGGUAGUGAUUGAACUUUUCAAUGAAAUUAUCAGGAGCAGAGCACAUUUCUGAAUUUGGCCAGUGAUCACGCCACACCUUGCUUCUAUCCUAUGCUCUGUUCAGUUUUGAGCUAUGUAAAAGAGAAAAUCCCUAAUCUACCUUUGUUUCACAUGUUGCUUUCACAAUACACCACCUCCAUAGUAAAUGAUAUUGAACUCUCAAACAAUAACAUUGCAAUAAAUUCUUGUCACUAUAGGUUUUGACUUUUGUAGUUGAGGUGCAUUAAAUUCAACUAGCUUAGCUAAUUAUGUUUCCAUUAAAUAACAUCGGGAGUUUUCUGCCUGAUGUUUUUUUUUAUCUGAAGCACCCAAUUCUGAAUCAGUGGUUGUGCUAUCUUCCCCAUUUGUAUUGAGAAGUGCAAGAAAAUCAGAAAUCAAAUGCAAUUGUUGAAGUAUUCGCUAGAUAGUCUGUAUAACAAGAAAAACUGAAAUUUGUACAUAUGAUUUGAAUGGAAGUAAACGCAAACUAGUUUACAAAACUAUGUGAAGGGAGGGUGGGAGAAAAGAGAAAAUGCCUUAUUGUCCAAUUUUUUUUGUUUACUUGCCUUUGAUCCUGCACCACAGCUGGAGAUUGAAAAAUUGCCAAGUCUGUCACAGUGCCAUUGCUUGAUAACACAAGCAAGGGUAGGUCAGGGUAAGAUGCCUUUUGUGUUUCUCUUUACUACAAGGACGGCAUCUACAUUCUCACUGAAGCAUGGUGGGGAGGCAUCUGGUUUUCACCAAAGAGAAAUUAAGAGUUUAUCAUUUGGAUAACUUUAUCACCCUCCUGAACUCAUUUUGUUCCCAUCUCGAAUUUUUUUUAAAUAUGUAUAAUUUUUACGGAUUUUGUUUGCACCUCCUACUACUUGGCUGAAAAUAUUGACUGAAAUGAUGGAAAGUUGAUUGUCCACAUCUUCAGGCAGGAAUUGCUAUCUCUGGUGAGGGGUGGGCAUGAAUCUGCAUUGAAGCUGCUAAUUAUGCUCCCGUGAAUAGGUAUGGGAUAUUUUAUUUUAACUGCAGUUUGAUGAUUUAUGUUUUAUUUCAUGUUUUAAAAAGUUAAUAAAAUUAAGGUUGUACUUGAAGAAAAUCGAUGGUUAAAUGCAGCUGUCACCUUCUUUCCUGUAUGAACACUAAACAUUUUAAAAUAAAAACUACAUUCAGUUUUGAGUUAGGUGGAUUUUGGAGUCCUGAAGGACUUUGCUUUCCCAAAAAAACUGAAAAGAUAUAUUCUCAUCAGGCAUAAAUCUGUACAAACAUUGUUAGCAGUUAUUUGGUUAAAAUUUUAACUCUUUAUUCUAAAGAGUGUUCAAAAACGCUAUUGCAAUUUGGGGAAAAAACAAUGUUUGGAGUAAAUCACUGGUUACUGGUUAUCAGAUUGUAAACCCUAUAUAAUAAUAAAAAAAGUUGUUGAUAUACAUAAACUACAAAACCUGGAAAUAUGGAUUUGAAAUAAGUCAUGGGAAAUGAUGAUAAUGCACAACAUCUGGCAGAGUAAGAUAGAUUUAUGUUACAAGUGGACCCUUCAUUAGAUUCAAGCUUCAUUUUGUCUUUGUCCUCCAAGCUGGCCUACCUCCUGUAUAUUUCUAGGAUCGUGUUUUCAUUACUUUCAGUUAAUUUUAUUUCCAAAUUUCAUAAAUGUAAUUUGGCAAAUACAGGGAAUGUUAACAUGGUCAUUGAAUUAAUUUUUUUGGAGGGGUGAGUAUUUAGUUUGCCGCAUGUUUGCUUUCCACCUGUUCUUUUGGUUAUUGUGUGUGUAUUGUAUGCGUAUGCAAACACUGCAGGUUCAGUGAAUAAUGGCAUCCACAUAUGAUACUCACUUGGACUUGAGAGCAGCCUUUGUAAAACUAACUGUCUUGUUCCAGUUUCCUAAACUGAUUCAAACCAAUUUGCAGGUCUUUGAUAAAAAUGAUCUCUUCUCCCAAAAUCAUUACUGUUUUGAAUAAGAGCAGAUCUUAGCCUACUUUUUUUAUAUAUCUGUGCUGGAAGAGAAGACAAGAGUAACAGUAGUGAACUGUACCUGAACAUGACACUUAGGCUGAGUGAGGAAAGUCUACCAGAUUUCUUAUUCAUUAUCACCUUUGGGCCUGAGUGGAGAUAUAUUGCAAACCACUUAAGCUCACUAAAGAAGAUUGACCACAUGGGCAAGGCUCCUGUGAAGCUAUCGCUCAGUGGCAGGAGGCAAAAUUUCAGGAAAGGUGAGGAAAAAAAUAAAUAAAAAGCUCUUUUCGUAUCAUAGAAUUCAGUAAAGAAAAUGUAACUCACUAAAAAAUCUUGUUGCAGAAUAUUCUUUGUUAAAUCUUUUUGCAGUCAAUAUUUUACCAGGCUUUUUUGGUGAAUUUAUUACUUAAAAGAAUACAUUAUGACUAGAUUUUGAGAAGGUUUUUUGCAUGUCAAGUUGUAUUUACAAUGAUUGCAUUACAUGCCAGUAUCCAUUUGCAAAAUUUACUGUUAGAAUAUACUACUGAUCAUGUGGAAUGUAUUUUAAACUUCAGGUCAUUUUGACCUGUGUUAUUUUCUCUCUCUCAGAACAUGUUGACUUCAUUUAAAGGAAACUUGUUUGUACCCUUUCAUACACAUUAGUGAUAGUAUUGUGUUACUUUAUAAAUUUAUAUGCUAAUGAGGUCAAGAAAGGUACCUGCAAAAGUCUGACAUGUAAAAGAGUCUCAUUUGUGAUUUUUUUUGGUCUAUUUAGGCAUGAAGUAAAAUUGUACAAAGCUCUAAGUUCUUUGUCUUUAAGUUGAAUUGGACCUUUUUUGUUUGUCCUGGAUUCAUUCAUCCUGGAUUUGAAAGUUUAUACAUUUAAAUUGAGGGUUUUUUUUAAACUGGUAAAUGAAGUGUGGUUAUUUUGAAGCACUAUUUUCAAAACGAUUGUACAUUGUCAUGUAGUAGUUGUUCACACAGACACCAAAGAUUAACCAAUAGCUUUAGGCUUUGACUGUUCUGCUCUCGAAUUAACCACUUAACUUCAGUGUCUUUUGUGUAAUA